UUCCGAGCGCAGCACAACAACAAAAGGAGCGAGACGAGCCGGCGGCGCCCCGCGCCGAUUCACCGGAGGGCCGGCCCGGCAUCGCGCCCGUCGUCCCGUCCGGGGAGCCGCAUCUACCUCAGCAGCCCCGCGCCCGUGCGCGCCGGGCCCCCCGAGCCCAGCGGAGUGAGGCGCCCUCUGCCUUCGCCGCCGGCCCCGCUGCGGGCCGGGCCCACGCUGAUGGAGCGCUUUUUGUGCGCCGCGUACAAUGCUGAGGGCUUCGCACGCGUUGUCUCAGUUGAUCCUCACGAGAAUCCUAUGAAGUAGAUAUGAAAAGCACUGGGAAGAUAUUGAUUUUUAAGUUACAACCACUACAAAUUCUGAACUGGCAGCAUAAUUUUCAAAGGCCCCUGUCUGGAACCAGGACCUUACUAAUUUCUAUGACCAAGGGAUAAUGACUUCUUGCUUCUUGGCUAAGUUACCACCUCCUGCACUUUAAUCUCCUGUUGGUGCCAUCAGGCUGACUGAAGACAGGGUUUGAAAUCUCAGCUGUAAAGAAAUCUAGCCAAAGUCUCAAUCUUGCCUUAACAAUGUUCCAGAGACUGAAUAAAAUGUUUGUGGGUGAAGUCAGUAAUUCUUCCAACAAAGAACCAGAGUUUAGUGAGAAAGAAGAUGAUGAAUGGAUUCUUGUUGAUUUCAUAGACACUUGCACUGGGUUCUCAGCAGCAGAAGACGAGGAAGAAGACAUCAAUGAUGAGUCACCUACUGAGCACUCUUCAGUCUUUUCCUGUUUACCUGCAUCUCUUGAGUGCUUGGCUGAUACAAGCGAUUCCUGCUUCCUCCAGUUUGAGUCCUGUCCAAUGGAGGAGAGCUGGUUUAUCACCCCUCCCCCAUGUUUCACUGCAGGUGGGUUAACCACUAUCAAGGUGGAAACCAGUCCUAUGGAAAACCUUCUCAUCGAACAUCCCAGCAUGUCUGUCUAUGCUGUGCAUAACUCCUGCCCCAGUCUCAGUGAGACCAGCUGUGGGACUGAUGAAUUUCAUAACCCAAGUGGUCCCAGAGUGGAAGCUCAGAAUGAAAUGGGGCAGCACAUUCAUUGCUAUGUUACAGCUCUUGCUGCUCAUACAGCUUUUCUGGAACAACCCAAGAGUUUUCGCCCUUCACAGUGGAUUAAGGAACAUAGUGAAAGACAGUCUUUGAACAGAAAUAGCCUGCGUCGCCAAAAUCUCACCAGGGAUUGCCACUCUCGGCAAGUGAAGCACAAUGGUUGGGCUGUGCAUCAGCCCUGCCCACGUCAGUACAAUUACUAAGAAUUUCAAGUUUGGUUGGUUGGUUUCUCUCAGUUUGUGUAUAUGGUAUGGAUGGGUGUGGAUGAGCAUGGAUGGAUGGUAAGAUGCUGUCUCUUCACAGCCAACUGAUAACCAGUCACAUAGUUUUAUCAGUGUGUUGAGACACUAUCUUGAAAACCAGAUUUACAUGCUGUGUAUCACAUAAUGCCUUGCUCUUAACAUUUACCUUCCUGUAAAUUUUUUCAGAAUUCUUUUGGGAACAUAUCAAUACAAUUACAGUGUUUUGGUGUUUGGGGGUGUCUUUAAGUCUAUUAAAAUGUACCUGAGUUAGCAUUUUAAAGACAUUUCUUCCCAAGUAUACGUCUAGGCACUUUUCAAUUUCAUUUUAUUCUGCAUUACUUAAUCUUUUGAGUAAGCAAAAAUUUAUUCUCAGGGUCAGCCAUACACUUUAUUGACCAGUACUUGAUAAUCUUUUUUGUAUAUAAUGAAUUCAUUUUUACACACUAACAUGAGCAUUAACAGGUGAUAGUUGCCAUGGAUAUAAUGGAAUUAUGGCUGAACUUUCUUUUGAAAGAAAACUUGAUAUAUUUCUGUGUGAAUGGGUUUCUUUUCCCCAGAUUAGCCAUGCAGUUCAUUUUGGAAUUCAGGUACAUUAAGUGUUAGUGAACAGUGCAUUCAGUAAUUCCUAUGUGACUGUGUGACGUGGUACAGACAAUAUAGGUAUCAUGAGACAGAAGCACUUGUCUCACAUGCAAAGAGGUUAAAUUAGACCUGUGAAAUUGUAUUUGGAAAAAUGUAUGUCUCUAACUAACCCAUUAUUCCACUGUUUUAAGUCGUUUGGAUUUUUUUCCUACCAGCUCUGCCCACGCACCACAUCACAACAGCUAUAAAUUCAGAAGUACUUGUCCAGGCACUUAAGUGAUUCUCAUUUUUAUCUGCCCAAAAGGAAAGAGACAGACUUUGUAUUUCUGAUGCAGUGAUAAGCCCUCUGCCGUGGAGCCUGUCCUGCCAAAUGGCCAGCCAGGCUGACGGUGAAUUGUUGGUGACAUACUUCCAUAGCAUUUAAAUGAAGAGUGACAGUUUGGCUUCCUUGAGUUUUCAAUUUUUUUUGUUUUGACUUGGGCUUCAGGCAGAAUCUUUAACCACUUUGGCCUGUUUCCUCCACCAGCAGGGGAGUAGUGACAUUUACCUCCCUCACAGUUGCUGUGAGGACUGCAUAUGAUUUGAAGUGGGGUGUCCAAAACUGAGCCUUGUGUGAAAUGCCAAGGGCCUCUCUACUGAAUCUAAGGACGGCGUGGGAGCUGUGGUGAUUCUUCUGCCACAGUGUUCUUCAGAGUGUUGGUGCUAAUGAGGCCAAGGUGUAGGGUUCCAGUCACAUGGAGGCCGGUUAACUCAACACAGAGAAAAAUCCAUUUCUUACCUCUAGCCACUUAAUUUUUUUUUAUUAAGGUAUUAUUGAUAUACACUCUUAUGAAGGUUUCACAUGAAAAAACAAUGUGGUUACUACAUUCACCCAUAUUAUUGAGUCCCCCCAAUACCCCAUUGCAGUCACUGUCCAUCAGUGUAGUAAGAUGCCACCACUUAAUUUUUUUAGCAGUUGUGAUGGGUUUUGCUGAGCCAUCCACAAUCUCACCCUGCUUUCUUCUGAAAUUAAACACAUUUACAAUCCAAAGAAAAUUUACUGACAAAACAGUAGUAUCACCUUCAUAAUCAUACCUUAUUUUUCUAUUCCUCAGCAACCCUAAUUAAAUAAGUACAUGUCUAUACAAGGUUUUCAAGGGAAAAAGCAGCAUAGAGUUAUGUGAAGUAUUACUGUACCUUUUUAGUAACCAUGGGAGACUUUUUUAAGUUUAGAGCUGUGUUCUUUUCUAACCAGACCGGGAUGUUUGGAGUCAGAAGAGGUCAAAUAGCAGGUAAUGGUGGCAUUAGAUUGUUCUUCCACUGGUGGUAAUGAAGUGCCAGAAAUGUCUCUUUAGAACAAGAGUUUAGAUCCCUCUUCCCUCCUUUACCCCUUUAUUUAUUUCUUUUCUAAGUAGGGCCAAGUCUGUAAAGUUUUGUCAAACUGAGCUAGAAGUUAUUUUGUUACUAUUUGUGUUUACCAGAGUUGGAGAUAAGGUAGAGUUUUCUUGAAGGUGUGUGUUUUACACCAUGUCUGUUAUAGGGCCAUAUGUUGGUAACUUGAAAAUAGACCAGCUCAAUGUUUCCUGGAUGUAAGCCUCUGAAUGGGGGGGCCUCUCUUUUCAUAUAUUACAUGCAAGUUGUUAGUACCUCACAAGCUACAGAAGUUCAGCCUGAUAAUUUGUUCGGCAGCAUGAAACAGAUUUGUAUAUAAAACUGCAGUGGUCUUUUUUUUACUAUUAUUCUUUCAGAUUUCCUGAUACCUUAAAUAUAUUUACAUCUCUAUCAGUUAAUGACUUUUUAUUUGCCUUACCUGGGCCUAGUUUUUUAUAUUUUAUACCUGGAAAGCAAAUAAUUUCAGUCUUCAAGAUGUUUUUUUCAGGGUCAGAGCCACCUGUGAUAUCAUACUGUGGUUUCUGUAUCAGUAUCUAAGGUUUCUGUGUGAAGUUGGCACAUGUAAGAAUUGAGGAAAGCAAUUAUGUAAUUCUUGAAGUUCUUGGUCAUUAGGUGUUAGACACCUACUAUGUGCAAGAUGACCGCAAAAAAUGAUGCUGACCUGUUAAGUAUUCUUUGAAACAUGGCCAAAUGCAAUUUAUUAUUAUUAUUGCUAUUGUAAAUAUUAGUGGUUUACAAUGUGUAUUAGUGGAUAUUCCUUAAAAAUUCAAGCAAUGAGAAAUAAGACCCCUCAGAAUUCAGUGCUCUAUUUCUAAACUGAUAAUACAGAAUGAUACUUGGCUAAAGUCUGGAAUAUGUGGUGCACACAAGCAGUGCUUCAUGAAUGAGUUUCUUAGUUUUUAUAAGGCGCCAUGUCUCAGAGUUAGCCUAUGUUUAUUGCUUUUUCUUCCUUAGCUAAUUGAAUUAUGUACUGCACUUCAAUUAUGUAAAUUGAAGAUUAACCGUCCAUUAUUUAUCUUCUGUGGCAAUGCAUUUAUAUGGUUGGUUGGGUAGGGAAUUGUUUUGCAGAAGGUGCAACGUGAUUAGAUUUUUGACUUCCUAUUCCAGGGAGCUUUUUUUACAUUAAUUUCUUAUACAUUUUUCCAGUUUCCAUGCAAACAGUUCCUGUUUACAUACCUUCUCUGUUGUAUCAGUAGUUUGGUUCUAGUGAGGAGUUUGCUUAAAACUUGAGAGGGCUAUUCAGCAUCAUCUCUUGUUUUUACUUAUCAAAUCUGUGUAAUACACUGGUUUGUAAUCUUUACAUCAUCAUUGAAUCUGAUUAUCUUUGCUAUUUCUCUUCCUCCUCAAGAAAAUAUAUUGUCUUUAUAUACUCAUAAGAAAAAAGAGCAAAGGAAAGUAUCUUUCUUAUUCUCAUUUUGAGUUGGAAAGGAAAUGAAGGACUUCAACUAGAAGAUAAACAUUUAAAUAGAUUAGUUGAGAAAGUUUUAAGAAUUUUGAAGUCUUAGUUUUUUUUCUUAGAAUCAGUUAAGAGACUGCUCCUUGUACUGGAGAUACUAGCAUAUGUUUGCAAUGUUACCUUAAAACUUUCUUUUGUAAGGCCCAUAUAUACUGGCUAAAUUCUUUUAAAAUUUGAGCUACUAUCAUGGAUGGUUUCACUGCCAGCAGCCAUGUUGAUGCAUUAUAAACGGCAUCCUUAUCUACUUAUUUUAAUGCUUAAAAUUUUAUAUAAAAUGCUUUAUUUAGAAAAUCUGCACGAUGCAGUGGUGUCAGCCUUGCCAUGUAUCAGUUUCACUUGAAAUUUGACACCAGCUUUAGUGGUUCAGGGUAGAGGAAGACGUCCUGGAAAGCAUCCAGAUGAGGGUAGCCUUUUCUGUUUGCAACAGUAUCCUUUACUUGGGAAGAGAAGUUAAUCCAAGGAAGGCAGCUUAAGUGGUAGUGUUUGGUUCAUCAUUGAGAAUUUUCUUUACAUUUUAAAAUCGUGUGAUUGUUAAAUGCCAGUUUUGCUCUGUUUUUUUUUUUUUUUCCUGAAGUUUUAAUAUUCUGUCUUUGAACUUCUAAAAACCAAACCAGUCCUCGGGGGAGAUUAGAGGUGUGUAUCCAGGCUUUGUGUGUGUGAGUGGUUUUGCUUGCUUUUUGGUUGUGUUUUCCUCCAGGGGCUGGGUUGGAACUUCAAGCAAUCAUUGUGUGUGUUAUUU